AUGAAAAAUCAGUUAUUCAUCGUGAUCCAGAUCAUUGGUUGCUUAUAUCAAGGGUUUGGAUUCUCUGAUGGACUAUGUCCAGCAGGUUUCUCAUGUCGAAACUUCAAAAAUAGUUCUCCACCGGCUCCUUGCCCACCGGGUACAUUUAGUAUCCUUGGUCAACAUGACUGUAAACCGUGUGCUCCAGGCUACUACACGAAUCACAGUGCUUCUGAGUCCUGCGAAGCAUGUCCAGCAGGUUUUAUGUGCCCAUUUGCCGAUCAAAAUCCAGUGGCUUGUCCUGUAGGUACAUAUACUUCUUUUACCAGACAAUCAUGCUGUUCUCUCUGCCCAGUUGGUACUUACAACACUCGUAUUGCAUCAACCAAUUGCGUAAAAUGUCCUGCCGGUGCCUCGUGUCGUCCAGUCUCUCCACCUAGCUGCGGUGAGUUUAAAUUAGAAACUAUCUUUAGAUCUGUCCAGUAA